UGCUGCGCACUGGCGGGGCCAUUCUGUGUGUGUGGCGGCUGGCAGGGAAGACCCUUUCCUUCUCUCUGCGCUGUCAUGUCCCACCGGAAGUUCUCAGCCCCUCGGCAUGGGCACCUGGGCUUUCUGCCCCACAAGCGGAGUCGCCGGCAUCGGGGCAAGGUGAAGACGUGGCCACGGGACGACCCCAGCCGGCCGGUGCACCUGACCGCCUUCCUGGGCUACAAGGCGGGCAUGACACACACGCUGCGGGAGGUGCACCGGCCGGGCCUCAAAAUUUCCAAGCGGGAGGAGGUGGAGGCGGUAACGAUUGUGGAGACUCCGCCGCUGGUGGUGGUGGGUGUGGUGGGCUACGUGGCCACCCCCCGUGGCCUGCGGAGCUUCAAGACCAUCUUUGCAGAGCACCUGAGUGAUGAGUGCCGGCGACGCUUCUACAAGGACUGGCACAAGAGCAAGAAGAAGGCCUUCACCAAGGCCUGCCGGCGGUGGCGGGACACCCAGGGCAAGGAGCAGCUGCAGAAGGACUUCGCGGCCAUGAAGAAGUACUGCAAGGUCAUUCGCGUCAUUGUCCACACCCAGAUGAAACUGCUGCCCUUCCGGCAGAAGAAGGCUCACAUCAUGGAGAUCCAGCUCAACGGUGGCACUGUGGCCGAGAAGGUGGCCUGGGCGCAGGCGCGCCUGGAGAAGCAGGUGUCGGUGCAUAGUGUGUUCAGCCAGAGCGAGAUGGUCGACGUCAUCGCCGUCACCAAGGGCAAGGGUGUCAAAGGGGUCACCAGCCGCUGGCACACCAAGAAGCUGCCCCGCAAGACCCACAAGGGGCUGCGCAAGGUGGCGUGUAUCGGUGCCUGGCACCCCGCCCGCGUCGGCUGCUCCAUCGCCCGGGCGGGCCAGAAGGGCUACCAUCACCGCACGGAGCUCAACAAGAAGAUCUACCGCAUCGGUCGGGGGUUGCAUAUGGAGGAUGGGAAGAUGGUCAGGAACAAUGCGGCCACCAGCUACGAUGUGACUGACAAAUCCAUUACGCCGCUGGGUGGCUUCCCCCACUAUGGGGAAGUGAACAACGACUUCGUCAUGCUCAAGGGCUGCAUUGCGGGGACCAGGAAGAGGGUCAUCACGUUGAGGAAGUCCCUCCUGGUCCACCACAGCCGCCGGGCGCUGGAGAACAUCGAGCUCAAGUUCAUCGACACCACCUCCAAGUUUGGAUACGGCCGCUUCCAGACAGCACAGGAGAAGAGGGCCUUCAUGGGUCCCCAGAAGAAGCACCUCGAGAAGGAAAAGCGGGAGACGGCAGGAGAUUUGUAGGCUGUGGCCCCGGGACUUGCAGCGCCCCCACCUGUCCCUGUUUAAUAAAGGCCGGGCA